UGUGGACUGUGGCGGUGCGCCGCUUGCCGCAUCGAUAUACACCACCACAUACACACGCACACAGAGAGAAUCGGGGGAGAAAAAAAGCGGUUGACGGAAAGCAGGCAAGUAGGCGGAAAAUGAGACGUCCGAACGCAAAUGAAAGUAAGUAGGUGGUUCUCCUGCGCCGUUCCGGUUCUCACCUGGGCGUUGCCCCGUGAUAUUAUUACGUUUCACUUUCGUUUUCGUUGGACAUGGACGACAGCAGUACGAGGUUAGCUGCGGACGGCCACGAGAUGGUCAAGGCGCUGUACGACUUCAAGGCUACAUUCGCCAAGACCCUCAGCUUCCGGGAGGGUGAGCAUUUUAUCUUACUGCAGCGUAACAUCAAGCAGAAGAACUGGUGGCAAGUCGUGAACAAGGACGGACGUCUGGGAUACAUACCAUCCAAUUAUGUCACGUCCGUGAAGGUGCAAGCUCAGUUCAUGAUCGAUUUCUUGGACGAUUGCAUAAGAAUUUUGCAGACCGAGGAUAGUAAGCAGGGUGAUUCAUUGCACGUCGACAAGCAGGACAUCCUGGCAAAACUCAUUGAGAAGAAGAAGCAAGUCGAACAAAGUAGAAAAUUUAAGAGACAAGCGCCUAAGCCACCCGAGUUAGAUAGUAACAUCUCCAAAGAGACACAUCCCGCGAUUAUCGGUGACAAUACUGAAACGGAUGUCAGAUCUGUAGCAAGCAACUCUUUCGCAACGGCACAAACCAUUCCUCGUACUGGUGCAAGCGCAGAUACUAUCGAGGCACUCGCGCAGUACCAACAACCGAUUGGAAGCGAGCAGCAUGUACCGUCGCUCCCUCGUCAAUCGUCUUCGGAUACUGUGCAGAAGGCCCAGGCGCCGAUCGUGGAAGUACGUAAAAGUUCCUCGCAAGGUAGCAUACGGAAUAAUAUAUCCAGCGGUUCCCAAGUUAAACUCAGCUCGCCGGCGAAGAGUAACUCACCAGCUAAGAGCAACUCGCCGGCAAAAAUGGGCUCGUUACAAGCCAUCAACUCGCGAAGCGCUUACCAACUGCUCGAUCAAGUACGCAAACAUACUCAACUCAGUCACGAAAUGUCAAAGGUGGCAGUCACUGUCGUAGUAUCCGGCCUGCAGCAGUUGCUGCCGGAAACUGUAAGUCACUAUUUCGAUGCCUUGCUGCAUCAGCUGCAAACGCCAUUGACCGUGUCGAAAAUGAGUAUAGAAGAAACUUACGACGCUAAUAGGUUGAAAGUAAUUUUUACUGAACUAACUUCGUGCAAGGAGGAUUCGCAGCAAAGAAGUUGGAUGCUUUACGAGGAUGAGUCUAUCAUCGUCGAGUACAUCAAAGAAUUGACUGAGAUACUGACCAACGCCGACGCAAAUGUAUCAAGAUACGUCUUGAGGCAAGAUCGCUACAAUGGAGUAACAAUAUUGAUACAAUAUUAUCAGAUGGAAACGAGAUGGACUAUCAGACAAUUGUUGUUGCAAUCGUUCGGUGUUAUGUGCAGUUUAGACCCAGUGGUGCUAACUAUAAUGCUGAAUAGCAUUUUACCAAUGGAAUUGGCAAGGGAUAUGAGGAGCAAUCCUAGAAAUGUAUUAAGAUUAAAUUAUUCUUCUUUGUUACUGACAAUGAUCUUUUCGAUGGGUGAACCCAUGCCAGUUACACAUUUGGAACAACUUGGUUCCGACUUUAUAUCGUUCCUUCUGGACUUAAUAGAAACACCACCCGACACAGAUUUAGAGGAUCAAAUUCCUGACUUGUUCGUAAAUUUAAUAUUAUCCUACAAUCUGCAAUUUACCACUUCCGAAAAUAUAGUUCUAAAUGCCUUACGUGAGCGGACCGUGGCCAAGACUUUCACUGAAAAGAUUUUAUUCCUUUUUAACAGAGAAGAGGAUCCGGUACGGAUAUUUGAUCACGAGCCGCAACCGCCGCACUCUGUGUUGAAACUGUUUAUUGAUUUAUUCAGUAACGAUGCGAUCGCGAGUCUCUUUUACACCAACGACGUAAAAGUUCUCAUUGAUAUUAUACUACGGCAACUCUUCGACAUGUUUCCGGGUGAUAAGCGCAGACAAUAUUUAGAACUCUGUCGCAGAGUUUUGCGCACAUCGAGCUACAACGAGCAUCAUCAUCGAUCCGAGGAUCUGUUAAAGUGUUUCACGAGGAUAUUUUGCGAAGAAACAACAGAGAGCCAGGAGGACCAACAAGUAGUACGUGAGAUUAGCAACGAAUUUCCGCAUUUGUUCAAGAUGUGACAUUUAAUUUCGUCCUCUAAUCUAGAUUUGGAGGAAGAUGACUUGCAAACGCUCGUUUAAGAUUUAUGAGCUUAUCAAAGGUAAAGACGAAUCAAACAUUCACACGUGACAAACUUUGUUGAUGUUUACAUGGCUUGUUAUUUAUCUACAUCUGAUUUAGUAGGGAUAGGGUAAAACGCACACAUCUAAUGAAAUAUCUCGGUGAUAUAUUUUAUACUGCCAUAAAUAUCUUCAUUUGAUUGGUGCUACCGAAACAUCACUCACUCGACAUGAGUGAAAUUGUUAUUGUUUAGUAUGAGAAACAUAUGAAAUUAUAAUUAUUAUAUACGCAUAAAGUGAAAUAAUGGAGAAAGCAGUUUUAUUAUAUUAUGAGGACCAUUAAUAUAUAAAAAAAGCAUUCCUGAUACUAUAUAGCUAAAUUGUAUCUCUCUUAUACAGUUAAUUAAUUAACUUUAAUAGAUAAUUAACUUGAAAUAAUUUAUAUAUAAAGAUUAUAUUGAAAGAUAAAAUUUAAUAUAAACGUAUAGAGCUGAUAUCCAUUCCUGUGUGUAUUGUUAAAAAAAAACGGAGAAAUUAUAAUUGAAAAACUAUAAUAUCUCUCUAUAAAGUAUAUAGUCUAGUCCAUAUCUGUGUACGUCAGAAUAAAUACUCUAAGUCAUAGAAAAUAAAUUCUAGCUUGUACGUUACUUUUUCCAGAGAGAUUUAUAUAUUUCGUCUAAAUACUCUAUUGUUAUUUUACUAAUGUCUCAUUCAUAAAAUGAAAUCCUAAAUAAACAUUCUUACAAACUUGCUUACGUGCCACUACAAUCAGCAAAUUUGUUAGUCUAUGAUUAGUAACUAGUAUAUUUUUUGAGGCAUGUUAGAUAUUCUGCGUUACGUUUGCAACUAUUAACAUGUCAAUUACGAAAGAAUCUCGAAUUAAUUGUGAUUAUAAAUGAAUGUUAAAUAAAUAAAUAGUUUAGCUCGUAUGUAAAA